GGAGCUCCCCUCGAGGCUGAGAGCCGGUGCUUAGAGCAUCCUGGGCCGCCGCCCUCCGCACCAGGGGCCCGAAUUUCCCCUCCCGGACCCAAGAGCCUGAGCCCCCCUCCUCCGGGACCUCCGCUUCCCGGCUCCCCAGACUCAAGCUCCCAGCCCUCCUGUCUCAGGACCCAGGCACCCUGGAUCCCCGCCGCCCGGAUUUAGGCGACCCCGAUCUGCGCCAUCAGAACCUCGGCUCGUGAAGACCUGCGUGGUGUGGGCGCCCUCAGCCUUCCGGACCCCAAGUUCCAUCCAGAGAAACUCCGGUAUUCCCGAUCCCCAGAGCCAAGAAACCGCUUCUCCAGCUGCCAGCUUUGGGGCAACCGGGCACAGCUGGAAGAGGGAGUUGCCCCAGCGCCCAGCCUGAGGAUCUCCGACACCCCGUCUUGCCCGCGCCGGGAAGCGAGGCGCGGUGAUUCAAAACUCCAAGGAACUCUUCGAAGUUCCAGCCUCCAGGCUCUGGGCUCAGCUCUCACUUCUAAGGAAAGUCGCGGGAAGGAGCCCCAGGCGUCUCCAGAUUCCAGGCGCUAAGGAACCCCGGGGUUUCAUCAUGGUGGCCGAUGUCCCUAAGCAGGACCUCAAGGGGUUCGCAGCUGCGGAGCCCACCGCGAACGGUGUUCCAGUGCUGGUCCCUGCGGAGGACCCAAGCGCGCCAGGAGGCGGCUGCUGCCGUUCCCGGGACCAGGAGCGCCGCUGCCCUCUGGCCAACCUGCUGGUGCUGCUGACGGUGGUGGCCGUGGUGGCGGGCGUGGCGCUGGGGCUGGGGGUGUUUGCGGCCGGCGGCGCGCAAGCGCUGGGCCCCGCGCGCCUGGCGGCCUUCGCCUUCCCGGGCGAGCUGCUGCUGCGCCUGCUGCUGCUCAUCAGCCUGCCACUGGUGAUGUGCAGGCUGAUCGGCAGCGCGGCCAGCCUGGAGCCGAGCGCGCUCCGCCGCCUGGGCCCCUGGACGCUGCUGUUCUUCCUGGUCACCACUCUGCUGGCCUCGGGGCUCGGCGUGGGCUUGGCGAUGGCUCUGCAGCCAGGCGCCGCCUUCAAAGAAUUUUUGGGGCCCAGAGGCACUUGGAGAGACGCCCCCACCAAGGAGGUGCACCAUUUGUUGCUGUACCUACUGAGAAAUAACUUCCCUUCCAACCUGCUGCCUGCAGCCUUCUACUCAUAUUCCACCUCCUAUGGAGAGAAAGAGAUCGAUGGAGCAUGAGUGAAGAUGCCCAUGGGAGCAGAGUUGGUCCUGGUGGUGCUUGCCAUCGUAUUUGGCUUGGCCUUGCGGAAGCUGGGGCCUGAGGGCGAACUGCUCAUACGCUUCUUCAAUUCCUUCAAUGAUGCCACCAUGGUGCUGGCCUCCUGGAUCAUGUGGUAUGCCCCUGUGGGCAUCAUGUUCCUGGUGGCCAGCAAUAUUGUGGAGAUGGAAGACGUGGGGAAGCUCUUUGCCAGCCUCGGCAAAUACAUCCUGUGCUGCCUGCUGGGCCACGCCAUCCACGGGCUCCUGGUGCUGCCCCUCAUCUACUUCUUGUUCACCCGCAAAAACCCCUACCGCUUCCUGUGGGGCAUCACAACGGCGCUGGCCACGGCCUUCGGGACCUCCUCCAGCUCCGCCACGCUGCCGCUGAUGAUGAAGUGCGUGGAGGAGAGGAACCGUGUCGCCAAGCACAUCAGCCGCUUCAUCCUCCCCAUCGGUGCCACGGUCAACAUGGACGGCGCGGCGCUCUUCCAGUGCGUGGCCGCGGUGUUCAUCGCUCAGCUCAAUCAGCGGUCCCUGAACUUCGUGAAUAUCAUCACUAUCCUGGUCACGGCCACGGCGUCCAGCGUGUGCUCUGCCGGCAUCCCGGCUGGAGGUGUCCUCACCUUGGCCAUCAUCCUGGAGGCGGUCAACCUGCCAUUUCACUACAUCUCCUUGAUCCUGGCUGUGGACUGGCUGGUGGACCGAUCCUGUACCGUCCUCAACGUGGAAGGUGACGCCUUUGGGGCGGGGCUCCUCCACAAUUAUGUGGACCAUUCUGGGUCUCGGAGCUCAAUGCCUGAGUUGAUCCAGGUGAAGAUCAAUCUGUUCCAGGCCCCGCUGCCAGGCUCCACUGAGGAGGGGAAUCCCCUCCUCAAACGCUGUCCUGGAUCUGCUCGGGAUGCUGACCCCUGUGAGGAGGAAUCAGUCCUGUAAACUGUAGUGGGG